CCACAUAUGAGAUCGCUGUUCAACCGCCUGCCUUGCAAGCGUCUCGCCGCAGCUCGCCGGAGUCGCCGCUGCCUCCACUCCCACUCCCAACCGCACCCUCUCCUCGCAACCUUCUCCCGCCUCAGCGACGAUGGCCCCCUCCCGGCCGCGCUCGCGCUGCUCCCCGACCUCACCGCGGCCGGCGUCCGCGCGGACCCCAUCUCGCUCUGCCGCCUCAUCAAGCUCUGCGUCCGCCACGGCACGGCCAACGACGGCCGCCUCAUCCAUGACCAUGUCUCCCGCACGGCCAACAGCGGAGGAGAAGCGCCCGACACCGGCCUCUUCGUCUCCAACUCUCUGAUCUCAAUGUACGCCAAGUUCGGCUUGCUCCACGACGCGCUCGAGCUGUUCGGCGAUAUGCCUCACAGGAACGUCGUCUCUUGGACGACCGUCGUGGCGGCUCUGGCCAAUGCCGGCGGGAGGAAAAAGGAGGCGCUCAGGUUUCUUGUGGACAUGAAGAGGGACGACGUGGCUCCCAACAGUUACACAUACUCUAGUGUUCUUGGUGCCUGCGGCACACCUGGGGUGCUCGCUGCUGUGCACGCGAGCAUUGUUAAGGUCGGGCUGGAUUCGGAUGUGUUUGUGCGGAGCUCCUUGAUUGAUGCGUAUAUGAAGCUUGGAGAUUUGGACAGCGGGCGCGGGGUCUUUGACGAGAUGGUCACCCGUGAUUUGGUUGUGUGGAAUUCGAUCAUCGCGGGGUUCGCACAGAGUGGUGAUGGUGUUGGGGCGGUAGAAUUGUUCAUGAGGAUGAAGGAGUCUGGUUUCUCAGCUAACCAGGGUACCUUGACCAGUGUCCUCCGGGCGUGCACAGGGAUGGUCAUGCUCGACUUGGGAAGGCAGGUACAUGCUCAUGUGCUCAAGCAUGAGAGGGACUUGAUUCUGCACAAUGCACUUCUGGACAUGUACUGCAAAUGUGGGAGCUUGCAGGAGGCAGACGCCUUGUUCAGCAGAAUGCCUCGUAGGGAUGUGAUCUCAUGGAGCACCAUGGUCUCUGGUUUGGCGCAGAAUGGGAGAAGUGUCGAGGCGCUGAAGGUUUUCGACUUGAUGCAAUCUGAAGGACCUACACCAAACCAUAUAACAAUGGUUGGAGUUCUGUUUGCAUGCAGUCAUGCUGGCUUGGUGGAAGAUGGUUGGUAUUACUUUAGGUCCAUGGAGAAGCUCUUUGGCAUUCAGCCUGAGAGGGAGCAUUGCAACUGCAUGGUUGAUCUCCUUGGUCGGUCAGGGAAGCUUGACGAAGCUGUGAAGUUCAUCAGUGAGAUGAACUUUGAGCCGGACUCGGUCAUAUGGAGAACUCUUCUUGGGGCAUGCAGAAUGCACAAAAACGCUAACCUUGCAGCAUAUGCAGCAAGAGAGAUCCUUAAACUUGAGCCGGAAGACCAAGGUGCACGCAUAUUGUUGUCAAAUACAUAUGCUGAUUUGCGACAAUGGUUAGAUGCCGAGAAGUCAUGGAAGGUGAUGAGAAACCAAGGGGCCAAAAAAGAGCCCGGGCGCAGCUGGAUCGAGCUGGGGAAACAAGUCCAUGUGUUCAUUGCUGGUGAACUGUCACACCCAUGCUCAGCUGGCAUAGUUAAGGAACUGAACCGACUAAUCAGGCUGGUCACAGACCUCGGUUAUGUCCCGCUGACAGAGUUUGUGCUGCAGGAUCUUGAGAGCGAGCAGAAGGAAGAUCUGCUGAAAUAUCACAGCGAGAAACUGGCUGUUGCAUUUGCAAUGAUGAAUUCAAUGAAGGGGAAGCCUGUAAGGAUCAUGAAGAACCUCAGGAUCUGUGGUGACUGCCACUCAUUCGUGAAGCUCGUCUCCAAGAGUGAAGGCAAGGUGAUCAUAAUCAGGGACCCGGUCCGGUUCCACCAUUUCCAGGAUGGAGUUUGCUCAUGUGGCGACUAUUGGUAGAGAAGGUAACACACACUGGCAAGGCUCCUGUGGCGACUAAGGGCAUGUACAAAGGAAGCAUCACCUUCCCGGUGCCUCACGCUCCAUCAAAGCAAAAUACGGUUCAGGCACUACCUAGCCUAGCAAAUAACCCAAUGCAUAGCUGCCCCAUUAGGCCCACACACGACAUAAUCAACUUCAUAUCUUCUCUUCCCCCCACGGACUUUCCUCAUCUCCACUGCGUGCUCCUCUCUGACUUAGUUCUCUCUCUUACUUUUCUUCUUUUCUACUUUUGUACGCACUUUUGGAGCGAAGAAGCUGGUUCUUCUGCAAGAGCUCGUCCGGCUCUGCAAGCGCCCGUCUUUUUACCUUUCUUCUCCACGGUGGCUGCUCCUCCGAC